CAUUGCGAGACGAUUGUCUCCAGAUUGGUUUCAAUCAACUUAUACUAAGUAGCGCAAGGAUUAACUUACAAUCGGGGUUGCAGGCCUCAAGUGAUGGAGACAGAAGGUUAUUAUCAUUGCUCAAUGUACCACAGGUAUUACACAGUUUCGCGUCAUGAUUUAUUUGUCGUAUAUGUGACACGAAGAGAAAUUCAUUCGAACGAUGGAACUCUCCCUUAUUAUAAAGGGCACAUAGGUGUAGAAUAGCGCAGCUAUGCGAAAAGCUUGUCAGAUUGAUCUUUGGCGAUUACGCCACUUGGGAUUAAUAUAUGAUUGAAUGAUAUCUUACAUCAUUGCCAUGCUCUAUACGGGGCUACACAUCGUAUUUAUCCAAGGUAUCAAUGAUGACGGUAGUGGGAAAGGAUUCUGUUAGGAUUCACUUGCCUGUAUGCAACCCGAUCUUGAUAAGGAGCUGGAAAUGUGGAGACCCACACGAGCGAUAAGAUCGACUGUCGGCACUUGUACCUGACGACCGAAAUUGUUCUUCUUCAGACGAUCUUUUUAGGCAGCCUAAUUUUCAACUUCUCUUGCAAUUCUAGCCUGCCAUAGAUCUGGACAUCAACCAAUAGGCCGAAGUGACAAUUUCAACUCUAAUUCUAUCUGGUUUCACGGGUGACGCGGCCGUCGUUGUCAUCCCCCCCCACUUGGCGCCAUGAUAGCUCCAAACCGGUUGAGAGCCAUGGCAGGUCUUACUAUCCCUGUGGUUCUUCUGCGAGCCUUGCUACUGCUUUUCGUGCUCCAUGUCCCUAGCAUCAGUGCCUCGGAGCUCAACUUUCCUCCCAAUGCUAACCACAUCUUCAAUGCGAUUCACUCCUCCAUGCGCCAGUGGGGGUCGUCGCUGCAUCAUAAUGGUAUGUCCUUCUUUCUGGCCACCGUACCCGAAGGAACGCAACUAUACCACGGAAAUUCCUCCCCAGACCCUGUGAACGGAACAGAAUGGUUAGCCUUCGAGCCUGAACAUGCUAUGGUCUUCGCAAGACCCCAUCAUGGCCCUCCUCCAGGCAAAGGUCCACACAAGCGGUCCCAAAUACCGCUCAAGCAAGGACCCGAGGAACCAGGAAAAGACCAAGAUAAGGACCAGGAUAAGCCAGGAUACCUCCAUACAUACACGGCCGCAAAGGACUUGCGAUUACUGUACCUCGAUGGAAUGUCGGCUGCUAAAACGGAAAACGGAACACUCGACUCUCAGGAUCGGAUCCUACUUCGCGACGCACUCGAGGGUAGGCUCGGAAUGCUGGAAGAUGAACGGGCGGAACUAAUUUGCCGCAUGGCUCGAGACAAUUACCAAGGCCGCCUGGAUGGUGUCAUCCGUAUGGAGGCCGGGUUCGAGAUAAUCCUUUGUGAUUUCGCCAGAGACCUCAAUGAAAUUCGGGUCACUCAGGUGAAGUCUGAUAGAAGGGGUCCUGGCCCGCGUGGUGGUAAGGGCAAGAAGGGCGGCCUUGACGGGGCCAUGCUCUGGUACAAAGCCAUCGCAGCACGGUACAAUGGAAUCGGGAGCAACAGGGUCAUCCUCAACUAUGACAAUUUCGUUACGGCGUAUGUCUAUGGUUUGGAUUUGUUUCGUUCCUCGAGUAGCAAUAGCAACGUAUUGCCGCGAUUGAAUCAUCUCUUUGCCGAUGAGCUGGGUCCGAUUCGGAACGAUCUGGACUAUCUCAUUAUGCACCAUGAUCCCAGCGAGGCCUCAUUUAAUUGGCAGGGGGUUGCAGAUAUGGUAGUGCAACGAUACGCGCAUGAGCUGAGUUAUCUGGCCUCUGGACAGCUCUCAACGCUACAGGCGCUUCACGAGGAAAUUGAAAACAGCCUCGGUCCAUUCAUCGACUAUAGCGAUCGCAAUACAGUUCUGGAGGUCGAUCGAUGCAGUAUGCAGUUUGUGCCUGCAGGGGCUCCCUCAGAUGGGUUAGCCAACGAUGCCGUCCGAUCCGUUACCCGCAGUAUCUGCUCGACGAUGAUUGAGGCCUGGAAGCAAACAGACUACGACACAGCGGUCGCCCAACUUCAGAGUCUGAUGAACUACCUGUCCUGGACAACAUGGAAGGAAUGUAAAGGAUGUGCUGACAACGAGAUCUGCGUGAUUCCGAUCUGGCCGAUGGGAACAGUGGAUGACUAUGAGCACCCGCAGUGUCGAGAUGCGUCGAGACCGAGUGGCCAGGGGCAGCGCUACUGGGGUGAGCAUGGAGGGCCCGGAGGUCCCGGAGGACCUGGAGGCCCAGAAGGUCCAGGUGGAUUCCGACACUCAAGUUGGCUACAAAGAAUGCUACGCUACCUGCAGGCGAUGAUUCGAUAGAGUCGUGGAACCGAUUUCUUUCAAUGAGCGACAACCAUGAAAAUUCUGCUCGCGACCGGAUGCACCGUUGCAGCGAAUACUUUCUUUUUCUUGCCUUGUAUUCUUCUUACUUUAUUUUUAUUAUUCGCCCAUAGAAUAAACUCCUGUCAGGCUAUUACUACCCGACCAAUUGGGGGCACGUUGGGCUUCUCCCAGUGAUCUAUCACAUUCGAUCCGGGUGAUCAACUGCGCCAAGUUCAAUAGUUCAUGCAGGCCCAUACCCGAAAGCACACCAAAUCCCGGCGAUCACAUCGAAUCGGACGAAUGGCUCAAUACUACUUUAAGCUUAUUAUGGAGCUUUUACUUGACGUGAAGUGGAUUUCUUUGAUGAGCUACAACUUUUCGCCACUAUGGGGAUAUAGUAUGAGUCUAUAUAGCCGGGAUCUAGAGCCUCGAACAAGAACUGAUCCCUGACUAUGGUCAGCCACAUUGCACUUACGAAUGCAUGUCUUAGACAAUAACCACGAAUAACCCCUGAAGAUGGAGUCGAAUCCAGGAACUCGACAAGGCGAGAUGUCCAACAGAGAUUUCUCACGAGAAGUGUCACCAGAGAUACCAUCCUGUCAUUACCAUAGGGUCGAUAUGUCAAUACCUUUGAGUGAGAUAUAGAAAACGCGUCUAAAUA